CUUAGAGAAGUUGAUAGUCAGGUUCUUCCACACGUGUUUGUGUUGCAGCAGCAACGUGGGGGUUGAUGUUUCGUGAGUAGAGGGAAACAAAUUACAUAAACGUCCCCUGCCGAGUCUCUCUUGGACGCUUGAUUAAAAGAACGCUUAGCUCUGCCACUAUGAAAUACAUCCUGGUUACGGGUGGUGUUAUAUCUGGUAUUGGCAAGGGUAUAAUUGCCAGCAGUGUUGGAACAAUCCUCAAGUCUUGUGGCCUGCAUGUCACAGCCAUCAAAAUUGACCCAUACAUCAACAUUGACGCAGGGACCUUUUCCCCCUAUGAACAUGGUGAAGUGUUUGUUCUGGAUGAUGGUGGAGAAGUAGAUCUAGAUUUGGGAAACUAUGAACGUUUCUUGGACAUCCGCCUUACCCGAGACAAUAAUCUUACCACUGGAAAGAUCUACCAGUCUGUGAUCAACAAGGAACGAAGAGGAGACUACCUGGGCAAGACCGUACAAGUGGUUCCCCACAUCACAGAUGCCAUCCAGGAAUGGGUGAUGAAGCAGGCUAGGAUUUCAGUAGAUGAUGAUGGUGUGGAGCCUCAAGUGUGUGUUAUAGAGCUUGGAGGGACAGUCGGUGACAUUGAGAGCAUGCCUUUCAUUGAGGCUUUCAGACAGUUCCAGUUCAAGGUGAAAAGGGAGAACUUCUGCAACAUCCAUGUCAGCUUGGUACCACAGCCGAACACAACAGGAGAACAGAAAACCAAACCAACCCAGAACAGCGUCCGAGAGCUCAGGGGCCUGGGUUUGUCUCCUGAUUUGAUCAUGUGUCGAUGCACCUCACCCCUGGACACAUCUGUCAAGGAGAAGAUCUCCAUGUUUUGUCAUGUGGAGCCCACACAGGUAAUCUGCGUCCAUGAUGUCUCCUCAAUUUAUAGAGUGCCCCUGCUGCUGGAAGACCAGGGUGUUGUGAACUACCUUCGUCAGCGGCUGAACUUGCCUGUCGAGAUGAGGCAAAGAAAUAUGCUCACAAAGUGGAAGGAGAUGGCCGACAGAUCUGACCGUUUCUUGGAGCAUGUUUCCAUAGCCCUGGUGGGAAAAUACACAAAGUUGUCUGACUCCUACACGUCUGUUAUUAAGGCCUUAGAGCACUCGGCCCUCGCCAUUAAUCACAAACUAGAGGUCAAGUACAUUGAUUCUGCAGAUUUGGAGAGCACAACUCUGCAAGAGGAGCCAGUUAAAUAUCACGAGGCAUGGCAAAAACUCUGCAGUUCUCAUGGUGUGUUGGUACCUGGAGGUUUUGGUGUAAGAGGAACAGAAGGCAAGAUUCUGGCUAUAAGCUGGGCGAGGAAACAGAACAAGCCAUUCCUGGGGGUGUGUUUGGGCAUGCAGCUAGCAGUAUGUGAGUUUGCCCGCAACGUUCUGGGAUGGGAAGAUGCCAGCUCCACAGAAUUUAAUCCAGAAACAAAAUACCCUGUGGUGAUUGAUAUGCCAGAGCACAACCCAGGGCAAAUGGGAGGGACUAUGAGGUUGGGGAAGAGGCGAACCAUUUUCAAAUCCAACACAAGUGUACUGAGAAAGCUGUAUGGAGAUGUGGAAUAUGUUGAAGAGAGGCACAGACACAGAUUUGAGGUGAAUCCAGAGCUGAAGCACCACUUUGAAAAAAAUCGACUUAAGUUUGUAGGUCAGGAUGUGGAAGGAGAGAGAAUGGAGGUGAUUGAAAUGGAAGACCAUUGUUACUUUGUUGGAGUUCAGUACCAUCCAGAGUUCACCUCCAGACCCAUCAAACCCUCUCCUCCAUACUUUGGUCUCCUGCUGGCGGCUGCAGGAAAACUCCAGAGCUUCCUGACAAAAGGCUGCCGCCUUUCUCCACGGGACACUUACAGCGAUCGCAGUGGUAGCAGCUCUCCUGACGUGGACCUCACGGAGCUGAAGUUCCCCUGUUUGUAGCUGUAUUUGCACUGCUCAUGCAGAAAACUCUAGUCUGGCCUAAAAUGAUGCUGCAAAAGCAGCACUUUAACAGUUUUACAUUUAUGCAUAAAAUAUGUUAAUUUAUACUUUAAACAUAAGAUGUUAAAGUGUGUCUUUUAGAAAUGCUGCAGUAGACAAAAGGGGAGGAUACUGUGGGGAAUGGUGUGGAUGUCAUGGAAUAGACGGGUAAAUAAUGAGUAGAUGACGUCAUAUCUGCUUUGUACUGCCUGAUGUUUACUCUAGUGCUGUACUUGGAGUGUCAGCAAGAUCGACAUGUUUGAACAAAAUUGUGAAAAGACUGAGUCUGUUCUACUCUUGGUCAUGAGCACUGACAUUGAAUCUAUGAGAUAGACAACAGGUUAGGUUAGGUUGUUCUUUUUCCUUUGUGACAACUUGCAUUUCAGUUCAACCCAAGUACAAAAAAAAACACUUGAGAAACACGAGGUGAGGCAGUUGUUGCCAAACUGUCUGUGAAUCAUGGUGGUUUGACAUUUUAAAAAUGCAUUUAGCUUUUGGAAAUGCUUGUUGUCUAGCUUGUUUUAUCCUCUGUAUCAGCACUGCCUUUGCAUACGUUUAUAAUGCUUUGUGUUGUAUUUCUUUCAGUGUGAGAUUAAAUUGAAACACAAAGUCUGUAACUUGGGUAUAAACCUUUAUCUGAAAUAUUCUGUUAAGAAUAAUUUGGGCCAGUGUCCAUAUGGACACUGGCUUUUUAUUUAUACUGUUACUGUUAAAGCUGAUAUCUAGUUAUGUUAUUAUCUCAAACUAAACUAACCUGUUCAGGGUGCAUGGCUUUUAUGCUUGUGGCCUUUUGCCUCCUCCAGUGUUGUUCUCUGUUGCCUUUUGUUGCCAUACCUGACCCAAAACUUCCUGAAUAAAUUAUGCUGAUGCACAAUCAU